GUAAACACGGGACCGCGGGAGUGGUCAUCAUCAGGUAACUGGGGCUGUGGUGGCGGCCGAGGAAGGAAACGAGACGCAUCGUCCUGUGGUUCGAGAAGGAAAAAAGCUUCCAGAGUCGGAAUUGAGGUUGGAGUGGGGUGUAGCAGAGCCGAGACACCAAGAAUGGCUUCCUUUGGAUGGAAGAGGAAGAUUGGUGAGAAGGUCUCAAAAGUCACGUCCCAGCAGUUUGAAGCUGAAGCUGCUGAUGAGAAGGAUGUAGGUGAGAAUGAUGAAGGGAAUUGGCUUCCUGCCACUAAACGCAGGAAAGAAAUUCUCCUUGAAGACUGCGCUGAGAAGAGUAAACAGCUAAAAGAAGAAGGAGCCAAUUUGGCUGAAAAUAAAAGGUAUGGUUUUAGAAUUUCUUCUCUAAUUUUAGAAUUAAUAUUUUCUGACUCAUUCAUCAAUAAGGUCCUAAUGUCUCUUCACGAAAUGUUCCCUGCGGUACAUGCAGCAGAAAUGGCUGUCCAGAGGAAUCCACAUUCCUGGGAGUCAUGGCAGACGUUGGGACGUGCUCAGCUUGGAAUAGGAGAGAUAGUUUUGGCAAUUCGAAGUUUUCAAGUGGCCCUUCACAUCUACCCACUGAACCCUGAAAUCUGGAAAGAAGACCUGUCCUGGGCAAGGGCGCUGCACGAGCAGCAGAAGGCGGCACAGAGGAUUGAAAGCAGUGUGGCCCCGGCCGACGUACCCCACUUCUCACCCAAGUCAAUUCCUGACUAUGACUUUGAAAGUGAUGAGAUUGUUGCUGUUUGUGCUGCAAUUGCAGAGAAACAGAAGACAGAAGUUUCGGCAAAUAAAACCAUGGUCAUUGUGUCUGCUUCAGGGACAGUAGAGACUGUAACUGAAAAGGAAGAUUGUGCUACCACACCAGAUGGCUCUGUUUUUAUCAAAGCCCGAUGAAGCAGUAUGCAGCCCAGGAAGUUUUUGAAUCUCUGUUUGAGAUGAUCACUUACAGUUUUAGACAUAGGGACAUUUCCUCUGGAGAAACGGGACAAAACACCUGCUUGUAACAUAAGCUUUGCAGAUGAGGCAUAUGAAAACUAUGUGGUAGAAUUACUGUAUAGUGUUUGCACUGUGCUUUGAUAAGCUAUGACUUAUAUUCCUUAAAAUGAAAAUUCUGAGUAAAAAGGUUUUUGGUUAAUUUAAUCAAAAUAGAUGAAUAGAUACAUUAUAAACAUAUACAACUUGAGGAAUGAAUUGUAAAUAAUUUAAUGGCUAGUGUUUUUAAAAUGUUGACUUAGGGACUUUUGUUUUACAAUAAAAGAAGUUUGUGAAUUCUUUCUCUCUUAAAAGUCUACUAUCCUUCGUAUUCACUUUUCUUGUUUCUUCUCCUGCCUUCAUUACAGUAAGCCUAAAACAAGUUUGAAUAUUUUUGAUACUCAUUUUGAGCCAAAGUUGUUAUUGUUUGGACUCUUUAAAAGUUUGGCUGAAAAUGCAUGCAAAUGUAUACUACAUUCUGAACAUUUUCUGAAGUUGCUUUUAAAUAUGAAUUGUGCUUUUGAUUUUGUCUUUAAAGUUAUAACAAUGACAGUUGCCUCCUUCGGUGUCUGUUCUGUGAAGUGCUGACAAAUGUCAGAAUGAUGAUUUUACUUUUUAAAUUAUCACUGCAAGUAAGAGUAGUUCUGCCCAUAUAGAAUCAUUUAUAAAACGUACAUUUGUAAAAAAGGUGAAUGGCUUUCAUAGAUCCACCACCACAAAUUGUACUGCUCCAUUGUCCCAGUCAAAAGCACUAUUUUGUUUUCCUUAAUUUUAAAAGCUUACUAUCUGUGAAGAUAAUUUAUUUCUUGUUUCUAACUUUCCUGUUGAUGGUUUAGAAUUCUUCCCUAAGAUAACUUUUUCUGAACUAGUCAGUUAAAUAAGAAAUGAUCACAUUUUAAAAUGAAUUGUAUCUUCCUAAAAACACAAGUAGGGAUACUGUUUUUAGAAUGUCAGUGAGUGAAUAACUUGAGCACAAAAUUUGUAGAAACUAAAAUAUGUUUUUACAGUACAGGCAUACCUCAAAGAUAUUGCUGGGUUUUUUUCACACCAGUGCAGUACAACAAAUUUCACAAUAAAGAGUCACAAGAAAAUUUUGGUUCCUAAGUACAUUUAAAAUUAUGUUUGUCUAUUAAGUGUGCAAUAGGAUUAUGAAAAAGAUGAAAUACUGUGAAAAUUACCAAAAUAUGAUACUGAGACACAAAGUAAACACAUAUUGGAAAAAUGGCAGCAGUGGACUUGCUUGAUAUAGGGGUGUGCUACAGACCUUCAGUAAAAAACAUCUGCAGUGCUCAUAAAGCAAAGUAACAUAAAAUAAGGUAUACCUGUACAAUCCUAUGAGAGAAUGCUAGAGUAAAUAUGUCACUGAAAGGCCAAAAUUGCAUUUUGGCAAUCUGAGUUGUACUUAUGUAUAUUUUAGUAUAAUUAUAUAGAACUGCUUGGUACUUGUUUCAGACACUCAGGAAGAUAGUGAAAUGAGACUGGUUUUUAUCUUUGUUAGGGAAGAAAACAGCUUUAUGUUAUGGGAUUUUGCCUAGCCUUGUUGCCAUGUGUAAGUAAUACUAUCUAAUUUUCUGACUCAAUUUUUAAAAUUUUGUUUUGACAAUGCUUGUCUCUGUUUUCUAGAGUUGUAGAAGUCAGCACUUAACUUGUACAGUAUUUCAUUUUUCUGUAGUUAUAUCAGAAAGUUCUGGUUAGAAGGAUUAUAUUUAUAGUGAUCAAAAUGCAAACAUGGGUUCCAUUUUAUUUUGUCUAAUAAGGCAUCUUGUCCAAAGAGUAGCUGGGGAUCCAGAGAAGUGAACACAAAAAAAUCAUACAUUUUUUUAUUAAAGGAUAUGUGUUUACUGUGUAAUUAGUGAAUAAAAAAUUUCCCCAUG